AAUGGUAUAUGCAAUGCGAUCAAUUGGUUGUGGAUUGUCAGCAAUGAAUCGUUUUGUUGGACCAUGAACAUGCCACCACCAGUAGGGACAAAGCCAUAUAACGAUCACACCAAAGCAAUCCUACGUGCUGUUAAGGACGUUGCUGAGAAAACCACCAAAGAUGCUGCAGAGGAAAUUUUUAAUUCCAAAAGCCGGAAUAUUGAAGAAAUUGUAAAAACUGGUGUGUCGUGUGAUGGGACAUGGCAGAUCGAGGAGGGGUUUCUCCUCCUUGCAUGGAUGUGUCACUGCAAUUUCAAUGGAAACUGGGAAGAUUUUAGAUGUUGA